AUGAAGGAGGCGAUGGGGGAUGUGCUGGAGGUGGUGCUGGAGGAGGUGAUGGAGGAGGUGCUGGAGGAGGUGCUGGAGGAGUACUUCAUGGUCUUCCCCGCCCCCACUCUCAAAGGUCGGUCAGAGGAGGUCGGUCAGAGGAGGUCGGUCAGAGGAGGUCAGUCAGAGGAGGUCAGUCAGAGGAGGUCGGUCAGAGGAGGUCGGUCAAAGGAGGUCGGUCAGAGGAGGUCGGUCAGAGGAGGUCAGUCAGAGGAGGUCAGUCAGAGGAGGUCAGUCAGAGGAGGUUGGUCAGAGGAGGUCGGUCAGAGGAGGUUGGUCAGAGGAGGUCAGUCAGAGGAGGUCGGUCAGAGGAGGUCAGUCAGAGGAGGUCAGAGGAGGUCAGUCAGAGGAGGUCAGUCAGAGGAGGUCAGUCAGAGGAGGUCGAUCAGAGGAGGUCAGUCAGAGGAGGUCGAUCAGAGGAGGUCGAUCAGAGGAGGUCAGAGGAGGUCAGUCAGAGGAGGUCAGUCAGAGGAGGUCAGAGGAGGUCGGUCAGAGGAGGUCAGUCAGAGGAGGUCAGAGGAGGUCAGUCAGAGGAGGUCGGUCAGAGGAGGUCAGUCAGAGGAGGUCAGUCAGAGGAGGUCAGUCAGAGGAGGUUGGUCAGAGGAGGUCGGUCAGAGGAGGUUGGUCAGAGGAGGUCAGUCAGAGGAGGUCGGUCAGAGGAGGUCAGUCAGAGGAGGUCAGAGGAGGUCAGUCAGAGGAGGUCAGUCAGAGGAGGUCGAUCAGAGGAGGUCAGUCAGAGGAGGUCAGUCAGAGGAGGUCAGUCAGAGGAGGUCGAUCAGAGGAGGUCAGUCAGAGGAGGUCGAUCAGAGGAGGUCAGUCAGAGGAGGUCAGAGGAGGUCGGUCAGAGGAGGUCAGUCAGAGGAGGUCAGAGGAGGUCAGUCAGAGGAGGUCGAUCAGAGGAGGUCAGUCAGAGGAGGUCGAUCAGAGGAGGUCAGUCAGAGGAGGUCGAUCAGAGGAGGUCAGUCAGAGGAGGUCAGUCAGAGGAGGUCGAUCAGAGGAGGUCAGUCAGAGGAGGUCGGUCAGAGGAGGUCGAUCAGAGGAGGUCAGUCAGAGGAGGUCGAUCAGAGGAGGUCAGUCAGAGGAGGUCGAUCAGAGGAGGUCAGUCAGAGGAGGUCAGUCAGAGGAGGUCGAUCAGAGGAGGUCAGUCAGAGGAGGUCGAUCAGAGGAGGUCAGUCAGAGGAGGUCAGUCAGAGGAGGUCGAUGAGAGGAGGUCAGUCAGAGGAGGUCGGUCAGAGGAAGUCGAUCAGAGGAGGUCGGUCAGAGGAGGUCGGUCAGAGGUCGGUCAGAGGAGGUCAGAGGAGGUCAGUCAGAGGAGGUCAGACAGAGGUCGGUCAGAGGAGGUACCAUCAACCCACCGGUACCAUCAACACACAGGUACCAUCAACACACCGGUACCAUCCACACACAGGUACCAUCCACUCACAGGUACCAUCAACACACCGGUACUAUCCACACACAGGUACCAUCCACUCACAGGUACCAUCAACACACCGGUACCAUCAGCACACAGGUACCGUCAACACACAGGUACCAUCAACACACAGGUACCAUCAGCCCAGCGGUACCAUCAACACACUGGUACCAUCCACACACAGGUACCAUCCACUCACAGGUACCAUCAACACACAGGAACCAUCAACACACCGGCACCAUCAACACACCGGCACCAUCAACACACCGGUACCAUCAACACACAGGUACUAUCAACACACCGGUACCAUCAACACACAGGUACCAUCAACACACCGGUACCAUCAGCACACCGGUACCAUCAGCACACAGAUACCAUCAACACACCGGUACCAUCAAAACACCGGCACCAUCAACACACAGGCCCAGUCCCAGUUUAUUGUGCAAUUGUGCCAAGUUCCAGUAAGAGGUCGCAGCAGGUGGACUGAGCCGUGCGGGACUGAGCCGUGCGGAGCUGAGCAGAGUCCAGCGCUGUUUGUCCCAGUGCGCCCCCGGAGCCACGUGACGCACGGCCACGCGCUUCGCUGUGGGACCUGGACCGGACCCGUCCCACCGUCCUACUCUCUGCCGGCCCCGGGGCGCGCUCUGCCGGGGAGAUCCCAGAAGAUGCAGGUGGCAGAAACACACGUUGUCAGCGGCAACCCCACCAUGGCGCCCUUCCCUGUCGGCCUAGACUCCAUCAUGUUUGGCAUGGGCUGCUUCUGGGGGGCGGAGCGGCUCUUUUGGCGUCUGCCGGGGGUCUUCUCCACACAGGUGGGCUACGCUGGAGGACUCACCCCCAACCCCAACUAUGAGGAGGUGUGCACAGUCUUUUUGCCGCCUUCAUCUUCAGUGGAAGAGCUGGCUCAGACGGGCCUCCCCCCCUGCCCCUCCCCACACCACCCCCCCAUGACCUACUUGUAA